GCUUGGACACUUCACUCACGUGAUUUUGGAUGAGGCAGGGCAAGCAACUGAACCAGAGACCCUGAUUCCUCUUGGGUUGAUUUCAGAAGCUAAUGGACAGAUAGUUCUUGUUGGAGAUCCAAAGCAGCUAGGGCCGGUGAUAAAAUCUAAAAUUGCACAGAGUUUUGGAUUAAAUAUGUCCUUGCUGGAAAGACUGACAUCAAGAGAGAUAUAUCUGAGAGAUGAGGAUGCUUUUAGUGCCUGUGGAGCAUAUAAUCCUUUGCUGAUCACAAAACUCAUAAAGAACUACAGGUCACAUUCUGCACUGCUUGCCUUGCCGUCUAAGUUGUUUUAUCAUAAGGAGCUAGAAGUUUGUGCAGACUCUUCAGUAGUCACUUCUUUGUUACAUUGGAGGAAAUUGCCCAGGAAGGGUUUUCCAUUAAUUUUUCAUGGUAUAAGGGGCAAUGAAACACAUGAGGGUCACAGUCCUUCAUGGUUUAAUCCAACAGAAGCAGUUAAAGUAAUGCAGUACUGUUGCCACCUUGCUAAAAAUGAAAACGCUGUCGUGUCAGUGAGUGAUAUUGGAGUGAUUACACCGUAUCGUAAACAGGUGGAAAAAAUUAGAUUUCUUCUGAGAAGUAUUGAUUUGGCAGACAUUAAAGUUGGCACAGUAGAAGAGUUCCAAGGGCAGGAGUACCUGGUUAUCGUCUUAUCAACAGUGCGAUCUCAUGAAGGCAUAUUUGGUGAUGACAAAUACUGUUUGGGCUUUCUGUCUAACCCAAAGAGAUUUAAUGUAGCAGUUACUAGAGCAAAAGCUUUGCUGAUUGUUGUGGGAAAUCCUCAUGUUCUUGUGAAAGAUCCCUGUUUUUGUGCACUGUUAGAAUACAGUUUAAUAAACGAAGCUUAUGUAGGUUGUGACCUGCCUUUGGAGCUGGAAUGCCUGCAGAAGUGA